AAUACAUAUUUUUUGGACAACAAUCAAUUACCAGACAGCGAUUCUUUCUCACCCUCUUUCUCUUCCUUCCACGCUUUUAGUUUUUCUUUUUCAAUUUUCUCACAAUUUACCCUCCUGAAUUUUUCUGUAAUCUUUUUCAAUUCUUGUUAUUUUUCGAGAAAAAUAAAGUUUCGAUUUUUAUCCCAAGGAAGAACACCGUGGAGGAUUGCAGUUAGGGUUUCGUUGUUAAACCUCCAGCAAAUCUCAAUCCGGAGCAACAGAUGCUGUGGAGUUUUGCAAAAUCGUAGUAAGGGGAAAGGUUAGGGUUUUCUUGCGGAUUCGAUUUCGGAGGGGUUAGUCUCUGGCAACCAUGGCCAGCAACUUGCCGAUGAGUCCUCAGUUGGAGCAGAUCUACGGUGAAAUCCACGAUAAUUUUCGAGCCCUCGCAAAUGGCUUCCAGAAGCUGGAUAAGAUCAAAGACUCCAAUAGACAAAGUAAACAGCUGGAAGAACUUACAGGAAAGAUGAGGGAAUGUAAAAGAUUAAUCAAAGAGUUUGACCGUGAAAUCAAGGAUGAGGAGAGCCGAAAUCCUCCUGAUGUGAAUAAACAACUCAAUGAUGAGAAGCAAUCUAUGAUCAAAGAGCUGAAUUCAUAUGUUCAAUUGAGAAAAACGUUUAUGAAUAGCCUUGGAAACAAGAGAGUCGAACUCUUUGAUAUGGGGGCAGGAGUUAGUGAUCCAACUGCUGAUGACAAUGUUCAAAUGGCUUCAGCUAUGUCAAAUCAAGAACUAAUCAAUUCUGGGACGAAAACAAUGGACGAGACAGAUCAGGUCAUUGAACGCUCUAAAAAGGUUGUUGAGCAAACAAUUGAAGUGGGAACUCAAACUGCAGUUACCUUAAAGGGCCAAACUGAACAAAUGGGCCGCAUUGUGAAUGAGCUCGACACAAUUCAGUUUUCAAUUAAGAAGGCCUCCCAGCUUGUGAAAGAGAUUGGUAGGCAGGUGGCAACAGACAAGUGUAUCAUGCUUUUUCUUUUGCUUAUUGUUAUUGGUGUAAUAGCAAUUAUUGUUGUGAAGAUUGUGAACCCUGGCAACAAAAACAUCCGGGAUAUCCCUGGAUUGGCACCGCCUGCUGCAAGGAGGCUUUUGUCACUGAGUACUCUGCAACAGUUUGAAUAGUUUCCUCCUCUUUAACCAGAUUCAAUUUUUCCGAUAUAGUUACUAUGAUUUGUGUUCUUGGGGUGCAGAGGAAGCUCAGAGGAAUACAUUGCAUUGAUCGGUCUUUUCUUUUUAUUUAUACUUUCAUUCUUGGCUGAGUUGUGCAUAUUGUUUGUGAUUCUCUAUGUAAAUCACAUGCGAGUCCUUUUUUGCUUUGGUUUGGG